ACGAGACUAAAGGCAGACUCCGCCCCUCGAGCUGUCAAACUUAGAGGAGCUCACAAAGAGGAGGACGUCACAUCCCCUUGACCCUCCAAUCACCUCAGGGUCUCAUUUGAUUGGAAGGCGGCAAAGGCUUUAAUCUCGGACUAAUUCAGCUGCUUUUGAAGUGAACAUUUGUGCCAGUCCGUACUUGAGGAGUACAGAGCGAGGAGGCGCACACGGAGACGCACCCGCACCGCACAGCACCGCACAGCACAGCACCGCACCGCACCGGGAAAGGAAGGAAGGCGCAGCGCGCACGGUGCCAGACGCAGCCGCGCUUCGGUCUCGCCUCUGUGCGCUUUCACUUCACCACCAGGAGGAUUAAAUCUCCCGUUUUUUGUUUUUUGUUUUUUGUUUGUGAGGGAAAAAAGAGGCUCCACGCUCUCUUUUUUAAACCCAUCUUCUUAAUGAAUCUGACAAAAGCGUCGCCGUUUCAUUUCCUGACUAUUGGGACAUGAUCACGUCGCCCUCGGCGUCUGCCCUGAGAAAUAGUGAUACUUGUGCAGCCUGGGAUUCACGCAGCAGCAGCAGCAGCAGCGGCGUCAGCAGCAGCAGCAGCGGCGUCAGCAGCAGCAGUAGCAGCAGCAGCAGCAGCGUUAAUAUUCGGAAUAACAGCAUCAACAAGCCUUUUCUUCACUCCGCGCCUCCGUCUGAUCCACUACGGCAAGCGAAGCGUCUUCCCAUCAAGAUUUUGAAAAUGCUGACCGCACGGUCGGGACACAUCCUGCACCCGGAGUAUCUGCAGCCUCUGCCUUCCACCCCGGUCAGUCCCAUAGAGCUGGAUGCCAAGAAGAGUCCCCUGGCUCUGCUCGCGCAGACCUGCUCACAGAUCGGAAAACCGGACCCGCCGCCUUCAUCCAAACUCUCCUCCGUGACGCAAAACGGAUCUAGCGAGAAGGAAUCUAAAUCUGGUCCUUUGAAACUGAGCGACAUCGGCGUGGACGACAAGUCCAGCUUCAAACCUUACUCCAAGCCCUCGGAUAAGAAGGACGCGUCCUCCGCGGCAGAGAAGUCUGGUUUCCGAGUGCCGAGCGCCACCUGUCAGCCGUUCACGCCGCGGACAGGAAGCCCCAACUCCAGCACGUCCGCGUCCCCGAUGCCGUCUGAGGGCAAGUGCGGGGACCGGGACGAGAAGAAGGACGCGGACUGCGGGAAAAACGGCUCGAACGGUGGCUCGGACGGUUCUGGGACCACGAGCCACAGCAGGAUAAGCGUUAGUUGCGGUGGAAUUAACGUGGAGGUGAAUCAGCACCAGGAGACGACGCCCGGCUCUAAGAGCGCCUCUUCCUCGGAGUCUUCCUCCUCUGUCACGUCCGUUUCCUCCGCCUCGGUGCUCGGCUCGGGACUCGUGGCGCCGGUGUCUCCGUACAAACCGGGUCAGACUGUUUUCCCUCUGCCCCCCGCGGGGAUGACGUACCCGGGGAGUUUGGCCGGGGCCUACGCCGGGUACCCGCAGCACUUCCUGCCGCACGGCGGCAGCCUGGUGAACGCGCAGCUCGCCAGCUCACUGGGCUGCAGCAAAGCGGGCUCCAGUCCUCUGGCGGGCGCGUCCCCGCCGUCCAUCAUGUCCGCGAGCCUGUGCAGAGACCCUUACUGCCUCAGCUACCACUGUGCCAGCCACCUGGCGGGCGCGGCCGCCGGCGCCACCUGCGCGCACGACUCCGCUGCGGCCGCGGCCGCCGCGAACGCCCUGAAGUCCAGCUACCCGCUCAUGUACCCGACGCACCCCAUGCACGGCGUGCAUUCGUCCGCGCCGUCCUUCAGCGGACACCCGUUGUACCCGUACGGUUUCAUGCUCCCCAACGACCCGCUGCCGCACGUGUGCAACUGGGUCUCCGCAAACGGACCGUGCGACAAGCGCUUCUCCACGUCCGAGGAGCUGCUCAACCACCUGCGGACACACACGGCGUUCACCGGGGCGGAGAAGCUCAUCUCCGGCUACCCCGGCUCCUCCUCGCUGGCCAGCGCCGCCGCGGCGGCCAUGGCCUGCCACAUGCACAUGCCGCCGUCAGGGGCCCCCGGGAGCCCCGGGACUCUGGCGCUCAGGAGCCCGCACCACGCGUUAGGACUCAGCAGCCGCUACCACCCGUACUCCAAAAGCCCGCUGCCGCAGCCCGGUGCCCCGGUGCCGGUGCCCGCAGCCACCGGACCUUACUACUCUCCUUACGCACUGUACGGACAGAGACUGACCACAGCGUCCGCGCUGGGAUACCAGUGAACACACACACACACACACACACACACAAACACGCACACACACACAGACUGUGGAAAGUUUAUAAGAAUGCAAAUAUAAAGACUUUUAUACUUUAAA